AUGUUGACUAUGGCGCCCAUAGAUCUUCACCAUGGCAUUACCAGCCCCGACGCCGAGUCUCUGCGCUCAUUUUCAGAGACACUUCCUGAAGAAUACCACGAUUGGAUGAGUGAUUCGGGGAGAUCCUCAAGAGGCGAGCAAUUGCUGGAUGAUUUUCCUCAACCGCCGCGAACUAUGAAUCUAGAUUCGAUCUUCGAGGAACAAGUCUAUCCGACACCAAAACCAUCCAUUAAAAAUUUGCGCCGACAUGCUACCGCCACGGAACUUCCUCUGCUUCAACAAUUGAAUCCAAAUGAAGGCGCUCCAGAGUUCAACCCGGUACAGGAAACUGAAGAGAACGGGUCGUACGAUCUGAUCGCACCCUAUGAUGGCGGCGAUCUACCACUCCACAAACUGGAGCGUCUCGCCGACAUUAUGUUCUCCUCUGAGCAUAUGCUUACGAUCCUGAACAAUCCGCGAUAUCUGACUCGGUUCCGCGAAUUCCUACUGGAAGAGCGCCCGCGUUCAAUCUCCACUCUUACAUACUAUCUCAAUGCGACGAAAGCGCUGAAAGCCAUUGAGUAUGCCAAUGCGCUCGUCCGCCUAUCUGUCGACGUGCCUCCGCCCGCGGUGCAAACAAGCGACGAAACCGUCGGGGUGACGGCGAAUCGAGUCUUGGAACAACGGGUGAUAGAUGGAUUGCUGGCGCUGACUGCCGAAGAACUUCCGGCGUUCAUCACAUCCAGAUGUAUCACGAUCACAAGUAAAAUUGUGGAAGAGCGAGUUCGAGGAACGUUGCCGAUGAAGUUCCGCGGGACUUCAAAUGCGUUAGCAGAGGUCUUUUGUCUUACGGAUCCUUCGCGACCAGAUAAUCCAAUUAUCUUCGCAUCAGAGGAGUUCCACCGCACAACACAGUAUGGCAUGGACUACGUGCUUGGUCGAAACUGUCGAUUCCUUCAAGGACCCAAGACAAACGCUAACAGUGUUCGUCGCCUCCGCGAAGCAAUUCAUGCAGGUCGCCACCACUCAGAGAUGUUUUUGAAUUAUCGGCGUGAUGGCUCUCCAUUCAUGAACCUCCUCCAAUGUGCUCCCCUAUGCGACAGCCAUGGCCGUGUCAAAUACUUCAUCGGUGCACAGAUCGAUGUUUCCGGUCUCGCGAUGGAAGGUGCUUCGAUGGAGUCGUUGAUGGAGCUACAAACCAAAUACCGUGAUCCAGAGGAAGGGAGCAUCGUGGAGCCACCACCACCCGAAGAGAAGGAUGAGUUCCAAGAACUGAAUGAAUUGUUCAGUCCCCGUGAGCUAUCCUCUGUUCAAGAUCACGGCGGGCACUUGUUCCAACCCAUCAAAAGCAUGGGAUCGCCUCAAACCCCUCGAUCAUGGCUGGAGCGCGGUAACUCGCUAGACAGCGAGACUGAAGCCAUCCGCCUGCGCGAUAUGAAAUCACCCUUUUUCAGAAUGUCCCUGGCUGGUGUUUACGAAAAUUACCUCCUCGUUCGACCAUACCCUUCCCUCCGGAUCUUGUUUACCUCCCCCGCCCUCCAGAUCCCAGGCAUGCUCCAAUCGCCCUUCCUCUCCCGAAUCGGUAGUUCCUCGGCUGUGAAAGACGACCUUGUCCAGGCUAUGAUGGUUGGCCGCAGUGUGACUGCUCGAAUCAAGUGGGUCACACGAGCGAAUCCUGAAGGACGCAAUCGUUGGGUUCAUUGCACGCCUCUCAUGGCGAGCAAUGGCCAGGUUGGCGUGUGGAUGGUGGUGGUCGUGGACGAUGACGACGAGAAAGCAAUAAACUGGCGCGCCUAG